GUAACAGGUAUAUAAACGCGUUUGAAACAACAUCAGAAGGAUUGGACCACGGUACAACACACAUCCAACAUGUACAAGUACAUUGCUCUCGUAUCGCUUUUUGCUGCCGUCCAGGGUGGAGUCGUCGCUCCAGGUCCUGUCGCCUACGGCGCCGCCCCUUUCGGCUAUGGCGCCCCCGUCGCUAAAGUCGCCGCUCCAUUCGGCUACGGUGCCCCGGUAGCUAAAGUCGCCGCCCCUUUCGGCUACGGUGCCCCAGUUGCCAAAGUUGCCGCCCCCGUCGCCUACGCCGCCCACGUCGACGACUACGACCCCAACCCCCAGUACAGCUACGCCUACGACGUCCAGGACGCCCUCACCGGUGACUCCAAGACCCAGCACGAAAGCAGGUCCGGAGACGUCGUCCAAGGCAGCUACAGUCUCACCGACUCCGACGGAACCAGGAGGACGGUCGAAUACACCGCCGACCCCGUCAACGGAUUCAACGCCGUCGUCCACAAAGAGCCACUCGUCGCCAAGGUUGCCGCCCCCGUUGUCGCUAAAGUAGCCGCACCUGUCGCCUACGCCGCCCCCGUCGCUAAAGUCGCCGCUCCUUUCGGAUACGGCGCACCCGUAGCCAAAGUAGCAUCUCCUUACGGAUAUGCUCACUACUAAAUGCAAAGCUGACCGAUGCUACUAUUGUACAUACCUCAUACGCUUAGAUAUUACGUUAAAUAUAUUUUUUAUCGAUCA